AUGAUAGAACCCUCUGAAGACUCAUUUGAGACGAUGAUGGAGCUUAAGAAUCCAUCAUCAAAACAAAUGGAGUCCUCCGAGGGCUCAUCCAACACCACCGUGGAGAAACUGGGCAGCGAAGUGGAGGCAGCAGCAGGGCCAGCUAGUGACCCAGCCCAGGAAAGCAAGGAGCCACCCAGUGGCCCACUCCAGGAAAUGGAAGAGCUGCCCAUUGAUCUACUCCAAGACAUGGAGGAGCCAUCCAGUGGCCCACAUAAGGAAAUAGAGGAUCCACCCAAUGACCUACUCCAAGACAUGGAGGAGUCACGCAAUGGUUCACACCAGGCAAUGGAGGAUCCUCUCAAUGCAGCACCUGAUGGAAUGAAAGAAGCAUCAGUAAACCCAUUAGGCACCCAGGAAGAGCAAGAAUACAACACUAACCUGAAGGAGGAGGGAAAGGAGGUGAAUUCUGAAGAGGAAAUCCAGCAAGGGAACAAUCCCGUGGAAAUGAUGAGGUCCAUCAUCUCACUGUACCUCCGAAUGCAAGACCUCAAAGAACAGCAAAGAGUAGCAGAAGAGAUCUUGGUAAAAGGCAUCAAUGCAGGCAGGCUGCCCUCCCCGAGAAGCUUCUCUGGGGAUCGCAGAGAAUACCAUGAAUUCAUCGUGCUCUGCCAAAUGAUCUUACAAAGCUGCCCGAGAAUGUUCUACAAUGACCACCUGCGAGUGAGGUAUGUCAUGAACCACCUGUCUGGCUUAGCUUUAGAGUGGGCCAAGUCUCUGCAGGAGCAAAACAGCCCCUUGAUGGAAAAUUUCCCAGCCUUCCUGGAGGCCAUGUCAGGGGUGUUUGAGUAUCGGCAGACACUGCGUGUGGCAGAAGACGCCAUGUUCAAUAUCAGGCAGGGGAAUCGCUGUGUCACUGAUUACAUCAAUGAGUUCCAGAGCCUGAUACCCACCUUGGGCUGGCCAGAUGAAGUCCUGCAGGCCCACCUGUGCCAGGGGCUCAAUGAAGAUAUCAGGCAUUAUCUAUUCCGGGUCCCUCAGCCGGAUUCCCUGGACAGUCUGAUUGUGCUUGUCCUGCAAAUAGAAGACAAGCUGGCGGAGAGAAAAGCGAUGCUCAGGCUGCCCCCCGAAGCCCGCCCCCGGAACCUGACCUGGAUCGACUCACCUACUCCAGAGAAGUGGAUGGUUAGCAGCUGGCUGCCCACUGAUUUCCAUCCAGACAUCCGUCGUGCCCAUCUCUUUCUGCUGCUCAUGGUAAGAGUGAACCCCUACCACAGUGUUGCAGUCCAGGCCCUUGUUGAUUCGGGAGCAGAAGGCAAUUACAUGGAUGAGAAGUUUGCCCAAGAGCACUACGUGGAGCUCUAUGAGAAGCCCUAUCCACAGUUGAUCCAAACCGUGGAUGGCUCACUGAUCGGCGACGAACCUAUCUGGCUCUACUCGGAACCCCUGGUGUGCGUUCAUCAGAACCACCAGGAGUCCAUCGAAUUUGACAUCGUACCUUCACCCAACUUCUCCGUGGUCUUAGGCAUCAACUGGCUCCGGACCCAUGCCCCCGAAGUUGACUGGAUCAAAGGCCGCUGCACCUUCCACUCUCCCUACUGCCUGAAGAAUUGCUUCCGCGCACCCCCGCCAUGCAUUGCACUGGAAAAGCACAGCAUGAGCCUGCUACCCGGACUGCCGCACCCGUACUCAGACCUGGCCGACGUGUUUAACCCGAAGGAAGCUGAUGAUGAGACUUCCGACCAGCCAAGCUCAGACGGAUCCGAUGAUCUUUCUGAAUCAGAGCCCUCUGAGCUUCAGCAGGCUGGAGACAGUGAUCACAGCGAGACCUUUUACGAAUGCCCCUCUUCUGCGCCUUGGGAACCUGUGGGUGCCGGGAUGCAAGAACAAGCCAGGCAGCAGCAAGAUGAUUUCUGGGAGCUGCAGAACAUGCUGACCAACAGACAGGACUACAUACAGAUGAUUCCAGAACUCUUUGACCAGUUACACGGAGCGACAUGGUUCACAAGAUUGGAGCUGCGGGGCACCAUUGUGGAGGAAAGCGUGAACGGCAGCCGUACAGAAGACACAUGGAGAGCAGCAUUCGGGUUAGAGCUUCAAGAUAUGAAGAGCUACCGGCCCUUCACAAUGUCCCCAGAUCCUAUCAUACCUCAGAAUGUCAUUCUCUUUAUCCUAAAGGACAUGCUAGGCUUCUGUGUGCUAUCCUAUGGCCAAGAGGUCAUAGUCUACUCUAUGUGUCAGGAGGAGCACAUCCAACAUGUCCGCCAAGUCCUGGUCCGUUUCCGACACCACAACGUCUACUGCUCACUGGACAAAAGCCAGUUCCACCGCCACUCUGCGGAAAUUCUAGGCUUCACCAUUUCCCCCAAAGGAGUGAAACUGAACAAGAGUGUCAUGGAUGUUCUAAUGGGGUACCCUACCCCUGGCACCAAGAAGACCCUGAGAAGCCUGAUCGAAUUUGUCUUCCCCUACCGGCACUUUGUGGAGCACUUUGCCAUGAUUACGGAGCCCCUGGCACGGCAGGUGCUGAACAGUGACCCAUUCCACUGGGGGGAUGAGGAGCAAGAAGCCUUCGAAUGCCUGAAGAGGGCCUUCCGCAAGGCACCUCGUCUCUACCACCCCAAGCCUCAGAACCCAUUCUAUUUGGAAACAGGAAUCACCAGGAUGGGCCUGUACUCCUCCCUGAUCCAAAUCGACGAACAAACCGGCAAGAAAGUCACCUGUGCUUUCUACUCCCGCAAUCUCUCCCCAAUCGAGGUGGAGUACCCUCUUGUUGAGAUGAAGAUCCUUCCAAUUCGGGCUGCCUUCAUGGUGUGGUGCCGCUACCUGGAGAACACCGAGGAGCCCAUCAUGAUCCUUCUCAACACAGAGGAUCUAGCCUCUCUGAAUAAUGACAGGCUCACCGUACUUCUCCCCGGGCAUUGGGUCUUCUUCUUCUCCCACUUCAACUUUGACGUCAUGGAGCUGCCAGAAGAAGAUACAGGCCAAUCCAUAGCACCCCUGAGAAACCACUGCUGGAGAGCUAUGAGGGGCAGGGCCACGCGGCCACUCCUGCUUCUGGCCAUGAGAGGAACUACCAGGGAUCAGGCAAACGACUCCGGGGAGGAGGACAAUGAAGAUGAGCCAGAAUACAACGAGCAACAUGAACAGACCCUGGUGCAGGAGCUCCUGGCUAUGAUACCGAUUGACCAGAUCCUCAACAGCUUCCUGGCCCACUUCAGCAUGGCUCAGAUACGGGCCGUCAUCCUACACUUCUUCCGUGGUCUCCUGUACUGGAAGAACGUUCUAGCCCUGGCAGCCCUGCUGGUGCUGCUGAGGGUGAGGCAGCACCUCUCCCUGCCACCAGCACCGUCCAUGGAGGUGGCACGGCCCCAGCCACGGCGCUCACUACGACUCAUCCUGGACUCGACCCUCACUGCAGGCAGUGGCAUGGCCACAGCCAUUGCUCAGCUGCUCAGCCAGAUGCCUCCUCUCGUGGGCGCCAACACCAUCCCAGCCGAGGAGCUGGCCGAGCUGUUCCUGGGGCCUGGACACUGGCGGCGAAAUGCCCUGCACCCCCAAUUCCCCCGAGGCCUGCGAUUCACCCCUGGGUUCUGGCUGACUCUCUGUGAGUUCUUUGGUGUCAGGGUCACCCCGCCAGAGGGCAACCGCCCAGCCCUGCACCAAAACCGGUACUUGGAGCUGCACGUCGUUGGUGAUGAGGAUGUCGUCUUGCGAGAGGCCCUGCAAGACGACCUGCAACGUUACCGUCAGAGUGGCCUGCAUGACGGCCUGCAAGACACCUCGCAGGACGAGCAGGACAACGACGUGCUGGAGGCCCUGCCCACUGACUCAGCUGUCGCCCUCCCACUCCGCCCACGCAACCUGAUGGACCCAGAAGUCCUGGACUUCCUCAACAGCCGCCUGCUCUAUGUCCAUGGUGCCGACGGCCAGCUUAACCUACUCAGCAGGGAGCAGGUGGCCAGGGCCCUGACCCGUUUCCUGACCAUGGUCUACACACAGGCCCCACCUGCACCUCCCACAGAGGCCCAACCGAGGGAAGAAGCAAGGCUAGAAGGGCUACCUGACCUUGAAGAUGCUGACCUAGACUAA